AUGCUUAAGAUGCAGGAGGGGGGCAGUGCCAGGGCAUCCCACAGGGUCUUCAGCGUCCUGGACCGCUUACUUCUCACUCAUCCCGUGUGGCUGCAGCUUGCACUCAACCAGGAAUCUGCUGUUUACAUCCUGCUACGGGAGCCUGUGGGGACCUUUUUAGUUCGUAAGUGCAGUUCGAGUCAGAGGAAAGUGCUGUGUUUGAGAGUGACAUCAGACAGAAGCGCCUCGUCAGUGAAAGAGUGCUUCAUCUGUGAGGAGGACUCCACCUUUGCUUUGGAGAGCUCAGCACUCAGCUUCCCCGACCUGUGUCGCCUGGUGGCCUUCUACUGUAUCAGCAGAGAUGUGCUCCCGUUUCCACUGAAGCUCCCAGAUGCUAUCGCCAAAGCCACAACACACAGACAGCUGGAAGUUAUCUCCCACAUGGGACAAGAUUUCUGGAGUUCCCCAAAUGCCUCGGAGAUUCAGAAUGGCCCGGUUGAGCAGGGCCCCUCCACCAGCAGCACUCUGAAGAGCGUGAACCAGGACUGGAACCUGAACAUGACCCGAGGCAGACAGGGCAAACUCUGCUUCAUCAACCCACUCUUCCUACAGCUGGAGGUCUUAAAGCAGCAGCAGCAACAGCAGCAGCUAGUAAACCACAGCGCCUCCAACAAACGGCACAGGUUUAAACGCAGCAUGAGACUGAGGCUAUCCGAGUCGUCCAUGAACCUGUCUCUCGAGGGAGGGUCCUUCUCUCCACCAAUGUCCGAGGAUCAGGACGGCGCAGGGGGAAUGCAAAAGCCUAACCCGCAGAGGAGGCUCCACUCUGGGGCAGGAGUACUGAGGAGGACCCCUGCUGUGUCCCCUGGCUCUGCGGAAGAGGAUGAUAUGAUGGCUGUACAUACAACACAAGCAGGUAAAGCAGAUGAACCCCCCACACCCCCUCCUUCCGCUCCAGUGGGACAGUCCAGCACUGAGGUGUCGGCUCUGGCCUUGGAGAGACGCCCCGCCCCCUCUCUGGCCGAAUUGGACAGCAGCAGCUCCUUCAGCAGCAUGGACUCCGACUCAGAUUCUGAAACCAUGUCCCAAAUGCAGGCACAGAGCUCACAGCGCCCCCCUCUGGUGCGCUCCAGGGGCCGCGGCGGGAUGCAUAGAAUGAGCGAGGCGUUUGUGUGUUUCUUUGCUCCAGAUAAGCGUUUGACCAGGCUGGUGGAGGAGUUGUCCAGGGAUAGGCGGUCCACGUUUGGGGGCAUGGUUCAGGACUUUCUGCUGACUCAAAGGGAGGCGCUGAAGAGUCUGGUGUCAUCGUCUGCUCCUCGUGUGACGUCAGUGCAGCUCCUUCAGGGCAUGAGGAUGUUUCUGUCCCAGGCCAAGUGCUGCCUGCUGGACAGUGGAGAGCUGGAGCCCCCCAUAGAGACACUGGUGCCUGAGCAUGAAACGGACCUUGCCCUGGAGCGUGCCAUGUUUUCCUGUGUGCUCCGACCUCUUCGCUCUCACCUCAAAAAGGCCCUGCUGACCCUCCACGACCAGGACGGGUCCAGCCAGCGUGUGUCCCAGAACAUGGUACAUCUGAAGGGGGAGGGGGCAAUGGCCAAGCUGGGGGUCCGCACUGGGGUUCCAGACAGCAGAGAGGUGGAGAGGGUCAAACAGAAGCUGACUGUAAUGCACCGAACACACUCACCCAUAGACAAAGUGCUGCUACUUCUGCAGAUCUGCAAAUGUGUGCACAAAGCUAUGGGCAUUCCACAUGGACAGGAAGUGAGCUGGGAUGACUUCCUGCCGUCUCUGUCAUAUGUGAUUGUUGAGUGUAACCGGCCUCAGCUCCUUAUAGAUGUGGAGUUCAUGAUGGAGCUGCUGGAGCCCUCGUGGCUCGGAGGAGAAGGGGGGUACUACCUGACUAGUGUGUACGCCAGCCUGUGUCUGAUCCAGACCUGGGACCGAGAGAAGCCUUUGGGGGGGUUCAUGACACCCCAAGCCCAGGAGGCACUGCAGGAGUGGAGCAGUCGACGGAGCAGAGAGGCCCAGAGGCACAAGGACAACCAACACAACCAGAGGUGCGUUCGGAUACUGUUCCAGGACGGGGAUCGUAGUGCGGUGCGGACCUUGCAGUGGAGGGCGGGGGAGACGAGCCAGGCGUUGGCCCAGCUGUGCGCCUCCACAUUUGGGGUGUCCGAUCCUCAGCAGUACACCCUGUUCUGGAGGAGCGGGGGCGAGAUGAGAGCCCUCCCACCCCAGGCCCAACCACAGGACCUGGCCAGUCAUAGCGAAGGGGGUCCCUCUCUGUCCUACCUGCGCACGGACCACGACUUCAGCAAGAUGCGGCGGCUCACCAGAGGGGGCGCUGUGGACCUGAGCGAAUCUGUGUGUGAGGAGUGAGCGGGAAGACAAGAAGACAACAGUGUUUUUCUUCAUUUUUCUGAAUCCAAUCUUGCGUCAAAACUUUUCAAACUACGCUCCAAUGGGGCAGAGAAGAACGGAUCCAGCAAAUAGACUAAUGCCAAAAGUUGUGGCUGCUUUUGUACAGGGCUGUAUACACUAUUUGUGACCUGGAAAUGUGUAAUAACUGUUUUUUGGUUGUUGCUUGAACCCAAGAGGAUACACUGACAGGAUUACAUCACUAAAAAUGGACGAGGCUCCUGUCCAAAGACAGUUUCUGUGAGACUGUUGCCUGGAAACAGAAUCUACUUCCUGUUCGCUUGGUGAAAAGGCUAACGGUGUGUGUGAUGUAACCCUCUCACUGUAUACCUCCUCUGGAUCUUUUAUUACUUUCAUUACUUUUUUCUGUCAGAAUAUUUUUGGAUGAAGUUGAUCAGCAAACCCAUGUGUGCCCUUUGGAGAUAUACAUACAGUAUUGUGCAAAAGUCUACACAAAAUCUUAAGGAAACUGAAAUAUAUAGUCAAACUUUAAAGAUUUUAAGGAGUAAAUGCUUUUUCCAUUGAGCCACAGAGGUAUAAAAAUAUAAAGGAAUCUAGUGAAAAUAAUAAUUAGUUUUUUAGAUAAGUGAUAAUUUUCUUAAAAUAUCAAUCUUGACUGUAACAAUUAUUGCAUUUUCCUUUCCUUUCUGUUAAACUUAGUACAAGAACGGAUCCAAAAUUGGAGAGAGAGGAAUAAAUGCUUUAAUUUGAAUUAUAGACAAGAAUAACUUUCUAGGAAAAAUGGUUAUAUAAAAAGUAUAAUAUAAAUGCAAAAAUUAACACAUGGAAAAAAAUCAGAGGCAGAUGGUCCUUAAUUAAGCUUUACCGCACUGUGAAACAAUGGUCUGGUAGAGUCUUGUGGCAGAGCUGCUCCUUAAAUAGUGAUGGCACACAGGCGUGGUGGGCGGACCUUGAGGUGGAGCUCCAGCCUGCAGGUGACCAGGGAAACAUGGCACAGUGGAAUGGACUCACACAAGCCAGCCAUAACACUUUCUGUUCCUAAAUCAUCUUUGUCUAUGAAAUUUCACUGGUGCACAAAAAAGUGUUUACACCAUCUCUCAUGCACCUGUCUCCAAAACUGUAGUAAUAUGCACUGUGUAACUUUUAUUGCCCACCACCUGCUUCCAUAUAAAUAUGUCAGUGGAUUGUCUGGAAUGUCACAGUAUAAUAAUAUCUAUCUUGCAUUUAUUCAAUUACAGCCAUGAUUGUUUUGCUACCUGCUGUUUUCCAUGGAGAUUAAGAGAUUUUAUGCCAUACUGUGGAACAUUCCUGGCAAAAAAAACUAAACAAAAAACUCCUCACGGAGACAGGAAGUUUUUGGACCCUCCACUAGAAAAGUUACACCUUUAAAAACAACUAUUAGACCAAAAAUCUUAUCUAAGCCCCCUUGAUCAACAACAGUUUUACCCUGCACCAAGAACUUUGCACAAAACUGUACAACUUUGAGUAUUUUAAUAAUGAAAGAAAUUACCAAACCUCCAAAAACCAAAGUGAUGGAUGAAAAGUGGCCAUUUUGUGACACAGCACCUGUUAACUCAGUGAGCAAGUUGGUUUUAAUAGCUCAAAAAGAAGUUUAUUUUUGAAAUCGCCCACACAGAUGAGUUUAUUUUUACUUUUACCGAAUACGAGCUGCGACCCUCCUCCCACCUGCGCGAGUAUUAAGUGUUGUUGGCAGGUGCCUAAUGGGAGAGUGGGCGGCAAGCGACCGAAAUGCAUCAGCCGCUUUUACUUCAAACCAAGAAAACCUGCAUUUCUGAAUGACUUGUGAAUGUAUUCUAAUGUAUUUUUCUGUGUCGAGAGUUUAAUACUUACAAAAUUGCAAUCAUAUUUAUUUAUGAACGAGUGUAUGUACUGUGCAAAAGUCUUAGACAGAUUAAAAAUGACAAACAAACAAUUAUGAAAACUACAUAAGUAGAUGCACUUAGAUAGUAUCUCUCAGUACUAGAAAUAAAUAUUUGAGCUGCUAAACCCUUAUCUUACCAGAUGUUGAAAAAUUUAGUAAAGCUGAUCUGAUCUGGUUGGUUCAAUCCCAGUUUCAACCAAUAUACAACUAGAGCUCUUAGGCAAGGCACUCAAAUUUUCUUCAAAAGUAUGUUGAAUCAGUGAUUGGUGGUAGUUGUAGAGACAGUAACCUCAAAUUGAUAAGUACUUCUAUGUCAGUGUGUAACUGUGGCGACAAAAAUAACUUGUGAAUGAAUACUGCAAUGUAAAGUGACUUGACCCAAAAGUGCUACUCUAAUCCAGGGAUGGUCUGACAGAUAUUUUCUUUCUCAACAUAAAUAUUUGAAUCUAUGGUUGUAGUUAAAUUCACAAAUUAUGCUCUUGUAGAAAUAUAACAGAAUUCAUUUUCUCAUAAUUUGUUUAUGUACUUCUUAUGAUCAUUGUGUAAACAAUUCAGUUUCAUUGCUCUUCUAUUUCCAUAAUAAAUAGAAAUACAUAUUUACAGACACCAAUAUGUCACCAAUAUGUCAGUAUGUCACUUUUCCCUCUUAAUCCAAUGCAUAAUUAUUCUAUAUUAGCUAAAUUAAAUUUUGCCACUUCACUUAUCGUAUCUCUUUGUAUACUAUAGACUCCAUUAAAACAUAAGUUGACUAAACAUCAAAAUCAGAAAAGGUCUUUACCCAUUAUACUUAAUAGACAAUUUAAAAAAAAAAAACAUAAUUUUUUUCUCCCCUCUCUAAGACUUUUGCACUGCACUGUAACUGUACAAUUGGACCAACAAACCAGAGCCUUUCUGCGUCUGGCUGAAUGUACAUGAUAACACCACUUUUCUGGUGUCCUGCUGCAGCUCAUCUGACUGUUUCUUGUUUCAUCAAAGACCACACUGCAAAAACUCUAUAUCCUGCAUUGGUCAAAAUUACUUGAAUAUUCUAUAAUAUCUAUAUCUUAACAUUGGGUUCACAUUAUAGAAUUUGAUAUCAUAGCUUCAGAUAGAGGGCAGAGACUUAUAUAACUGUAUGGGAGAUUAAAAUGAAAGAAAUGUCCAAACUUAUGAUCCACAAUUGUUGAAUUGUGUCAUUAUUUGGAAUUGGUACCACUUUCUGAAACUAAUAUGAGGAAAAAAAAUGUCUUUUGUUUAUUUAUACUGAGUUAGCUUUAACUUUGUGCCAAUUUUUGUUUUAUGUGAACAAUUUUAAACUAGGGAUUUAAGAAUCUUGUGAUGGUCACCUGAAUGCAACCAAUUCUAUGGUGGAAUUUUUCAUUUAAGUGUCCUGGUUUAUAGCUAAUAUCUCUGUAGUAACUGGGUCUAUGCAUGUGAAACAGAAACUGGCAAAAAGCUCAAUGUCUUCUCUGCAUAUAUGAACCAUGUUGAAAGCAUUUAUUUUACACCGAAGCGAACAGUGGUGGCAUUAUUUUUAAAAAUGCAUCGUAAUUGUAAAUUGAAAAGACUUUAAACCAUAACAUUAAUUAACAUUAAUCAAUUUUUAGACCCAAUUUUUGUCAUUUGUCUGUUUUGAGUUUUGAUAUUUCUUUCAAAAACAACGAGUCUCCAUUAGAGUUAUUUAAACCACUGCUCUCCAUCUGAAAUUAUGACAUAACCAAAUUCCAGAACGUGAAUGCAACCAUGAAUUUAAGUAAUUUUAACUAAUCUAGAUAUUUUUGGCAAUGCAUAUAGUGUAUUUAAUCUACUUUGACUUGUUGCAUUUGUUGGCUAGAUAUCAAAUCAGAGUAUGAUUGCUGUUAAGGGGCUACAGUGUGUGGCCCGUUAAUAUGUUUUGAAGGAAAUUGCAUGCUUUCUCAUUGAUGUGAAGGUUCUGCGAAUGUGGUGUGUGUGUAUGAAGCAUGUGUUACUUGUGAGAGCUCACUAUUUUUCAGUGUAAAAACACAUGACUGUAUUUUGUCAGGUAAUUCAGUAUCGCAAUAAAGACUAUUGCUAUAUUUG